CGAUGUCUGUCUUAAAAAUGUUUCAGGUAAAAUGUUUUCUUUUGGAAAAUGGUUUUGAAUGCGAAAUGCCUGCGCGUCAGCUGCAUAGUACUGGCUGUCGGCUGGAUCAUUGGGAGCAUAAUUACAGCCACGUACUUGGUUCAGGCAGACACAAAGAAGCCCAUAAUUACUCUGAUAAUGGCCAUCGCUGAUUUUGUGACGACGGCCAGCUCGAUUGUGGGUUUAAUUGGAGCCAUCAAGAGUAUUCCAUUGGCCCUGCUGCUUUGGCUGCUGGUGAUACUGGUUACGCGGAGCCUGGAACUUAUUUUCUACGUGCUCUUCCCUUGGGAAAAGAAAUGGGUGUCCGGAACGUGCUACGCGCUGGGCUCUCCCAAAAUUCCAUCCAUACUAUUUAUGAUGGCCCUGAUGAGUGUGACGGCCAUAUCGAUAUUUGUCAUCUAUAAGUACUACGACUACCUGCGACACCACGAUCGGCCUAUUGAGGAAUGAUAUGUACUGUAUUACGUACUCUGUGACGUUCCUCUAAUUCUCUGCCCACCCCACCAUUGAAACUAAUUGUUUUCUACAACGCAAAAUCGCAUUAAUUAGGUUU